AUGUCCCCCUUCCGCGCUGGGUCCGACCGGGACCAUGCUUCACGAAAAGGUCCCUACAUCGACUACGCCAGAUUCCUCCCACUCAACACCGAGCCCGCCUCGUCCCACUACAUGAACCUCACUCAGGCAGAGCCUCCGUUCCGAAAUCAAGAAGAGUCAAGGAGAAAGAUCGAUAUAAUCGAUUUGACCCUCAACUCAAGUCCCGUAUCCCGAUCUUCUAUUCAUCACCAAUUGGAUGCCGAUCGUGCGACACCCGGCAGAACCAAGGUUGAGAACGGUCAAGGCCCUCCGGGUUUUCCUCUGGGCCUUGCGCAUAGCGUUUCGGACCCGAGCGGUGGUUCAACCGCCGCCUCCAGCAAUGCAGCCUCAGUUUUGGAUCCUUCGCCACCGCCUGUCUCGAUUCAACCUUCGGUCUCUUCAAUCGAUCUCGACGACGGUCUGAACGCCGAGAUGCCUCGACCACCCCGACUUGACGCGCCGUUGAAGACGCCUCAGCAGGUGACACCGCCGUCAUCUACGCGCCCCUCGAGCCAUCAGUCUCCCAAGCAUGCCGCCAUUUCCAAGAAGCAGACCCCGAAAAAGGACACCUCUGAUGUCCGGCAAAUCAUCACUUCGCUGCGGAGUUACUCAGCCGAUAUCAGCAAUGUGCAUUCGCAACUGUGUCUUUACGCCCUCAGGUCUACGAAACCUGUCGAAACGCGCGUCAAGACUGGCGUUGAUUACUUUGCAGAUGUCAAACUGAUCCCAGCUGAUGCUGAGCAGACGGGUACGACCAUGACGAUCCGGGCCAAACAACAUUUUCGCGGGAGAAAGGUGGACACUCUGAGAGCUACGCACUACCUCCCAGUGUGCGUCAAGUCCAAUAAGCCUGCCGUGCCCAAGUAUCGUUUCCAUCACACGGAAAUCAUCAAGAACGUCCUGUCUCCCAACUCAAUGCUGAAGUUCGUGCCCGUCAUUCGAGACCUCGACCCUGACGAGGAGCGAGACUACAAUCUCUGGCUCGGUGAGCUGGAGAGAAUGGACAAAAGCUGUGGUUUCGAGACUCUCGGUAGUCGUGACCAACGGGUCGCCCGGACUAUUAAGAAGGAAAGAACCGCAACGCUGUCACUUUUUUUGGACUCUUGGCUCAGAAAGCUCGCCAUCGACAACUGCAAUCGAACUACCUUGAUUCGCCACAUGGCGAGCUCUAAUUCCGAUGAUGCCAUCACGCCACAGCAAAAGACGAGUUUGGUCAACCUGCACAGCGACGACAACUUGGCCGCGACGACGCCGAGAGCUUUGAAAGCUGCAAGGGUGUUCACCGAGGCUUUUGACCAAGUCUUUUACCAUGACGCUCCCAAGGGAAAGGAGAUCCUCCUCCGUGACGUUCUAAAGCUCGAUAAGUCCGUCGAUGAGAUUGUCGAAUCAAAGAAGACAGCCAAAGGUGGUCAAGACGACAACGAAAAAGUGGACUCUUUGGAGUCAUGGAUUGAAACUCAUACGGUUAUGGGUUGUCUCAUAUGCUACAGCAAUUCGUGCGAGCAUGGGGAUUACAGCAUCGAAAACCACAAGCGCAACUUCUCCAUGGAUUGCAUUGGCAUGUAUGGGCGUAUGUUUUCAGCCAACCGCAUUAUCUCCUCUAGCGAUCCAGUAGAGCAGCCGGGUCCUCCCCCACCAUGUCAAAGACAGUGCUACCGGAUUUAUGGUACCGGCAGUGCUGAUGCUCAGGUGAAGCCAUGGACCAAAGAUGAGACCUUCUUACUGCGCAGCCUGUUCACGAUCCUGGAUCAUAACAAGGUCCGAGUUAAGGCACAGUGCGCUACUGCUGAGAUUCUCAAUAGAGACUGUCGGGAUGUACAUAGCCACCUGCAAUUUCUGGAUAUCAGGCUUCCACCCAUUGAGACGAUCGACCAGCCGAGAGUCAAGAACUUUCCCUGGUACGAUCGCAAGAGGAAAAUGCUCAUGGGCGACUGGCAAGCAGAGACCAACUCCCACGACACCAAGGUUCGCCCGUCCAACGAUCCAUGUCAUCAUGAUGGCCCUUGCUCGAAAGAGAACGACUGCCCUUGUGCUCUGAACGAUAUUUUGUGUGAGCGCUUCUGCCGUUGCACGGAGGAGUGCUGCGCUUGGAAAUUCACAGGUUGCGGCUGCCAUGGCAGCGGCAAAACGUGUCUACAGAAACAGAAAGAGGGCCGGCCUUGCAUUUGCGUACAGUUGAAUCGCGAAUGCGAUCCCGAUCUCUGCGGAACUUGCGGUGCUGUUGAGCGCGCGGAUCCUGAAAACCGACUCGACGACGCGCUCUUUCAGACGGGUUGCCAGAAUACCGCCAUCCAACGAGGUGUCAGCAAAGCCGUUGUCCUCGGCAAGAGUCAAUUGGAAGGCUGCGGGUACGGUCUCUUUACUGCAGAAGAUAUCGCGCAGGACGAAUUUGUAAUUGAGUACACAGGCGAGCUCAUCGUUGCGGACGAGGGAGUCAGAAGAGAGGCGCGACGCGGGGAAGCUUUCUCUGUAGAGAAGAGUACCUCAUACGUGUUUAGUCUCUUGGAUUACGAAGGCAUCUGGGUCGACGCAGCUAUCUAUGGCAACCUCAGUCGCUACAUCAACCACGCCGUAGAAAAUGCCAAUGUUCAGCCGGGCAUUCUCUACGUCAAUGGCGAAUAUCGUAUCCGGUUUUCAGCAACUCGCAACAUCAAGGCUGGCGAGGAGCUUUUUUUCAACUACGGCGAAAACUUUCCUAAUCUUACUAAGAAGAUGAUCAAGGAGAAGGCUGACAUUGAGGGAGACGCAGAGUCGGGGGCGGAAGAAGGAGUAAUGCCGGUCAAACGCGGCCGGGGCGGCCGCCGAAAAGCAGUCAAUGGCUCGCAAAAGUCAGCCACGCAGAAACUCGCCACGGCAAAAAUUGCGAAAAGCGUUCGCACGGGAGCUCGAAAAGAGGCGCCACAGGUGACGAUAGACGAUUACGAGGCUUUAGCUGACAUUGACGCGGCGCCGAUUGCGAGCCGGAAGCGAAAGCGCGUCGCUAAGAGCGAUGAUGAGGAUGAGGACUUCCAUCCGUCGUUGGAAUCGGAAGAAAAUGCCGAAGGGCGAAGCAAGGGGAAGCGACCAGCUGUAUCUCGUCGCCGAAGUGGAAUGCAACGGGUGAGAUCGAUGGGUUCCAUCAUACCAUCGGACUCAGAGGCAGAUGAUUCCACGAGAACGACACCUCGCAAGCGUGGACGGGGACGUCCUGGUAGUUCACACGAUGUUGGUAAUUCCCAACCCCUGACGAAGACUUUGGGAAAGCCCGAGAAGCCACCAAACGAUACGCCGCCCCCGAAGAAGAAGCGCGGUCGUCCGCCGAAAAAUCCUCGUCCGCCGAGCCCUACCGUGGAAAAGCUACCAGAGGUAGAGCACGUUGAGAAUGAGAUUCGCGCUAGUCCGCUCACCACCCGGAAACCCGAGGCGGAGGGUGGCACGAUUUCGGUUGACUUAGGCCAGCCAUCAAGGUCUGCUCGGGGCCGCAAGUUUACAACGUCUGUCCUCAGUCAGUCGGUCGAGGAUCCGAUGGACAUGGACGAAGAUGAAGCAGAGAUCGACGCGACUCCUUCGCGGUCCAGAGGUCGACGGGGGGCUGAAGGGAAUACUAUCACAGCUCGUGGGGCUUCUCGGGCCGGCCGUACCUCUGUGUCCAGAGCGCGUCGGUUGCCUACCGAAUCGGACGCUGUCGUGGACUCGGACGAGGAGCCUCUCACUCUCAGUCCAUCCACACGGAGGCGGAUGCAGAAGAAGGCCUGGGGACCUCUGGAGGUGAAUGACAGCGAGUCCAGCUUUAAGCUGCCUGGCGCUGGCUCAGACUCCGAUGAUGAUGACGACGACGACGACGACGACGAUAUUGUUGGUCUCAAACGAGGUUCUAGGCAGAGAAAACUUCCAGCUCGAUUCCGUUCAUCUGACGAGGAGUCUUGA